AUGAAUAAACCUUUCUUUCACAAUUGCGAUAUCAAAUCUACGAAGAUGAAGACUUUCUGCUCAAUUCAACCACACCACCAUUUUCGUUGCACAAGAUUUUUCUCUCACACAACCACAAGGACUCAACUUUCUUUUCCUACAAAGGUCUUCUUUUGCCAGGCAAAAUCUGGCACAGAUGGGUCAUUGCAUUUAAAAUUGAUGUCUCCUACUCUAUUAGCAGCAGAAAAGGAAGAAGCCAAGGCUGUGUUGACCUUGUUUUUGAAGAAACGAGGUUUAAGCAAUGCGAUUGCUGCUAGAACCAUCAACAAGUCAGAUCUUUUUGUUGAUCACCUUAUCUCAAAGCUUCAUUCUAAACACAUAUCUUGGUAUCUCGCAGGGAGAGAGCUUACAACUCUGGAGAUCAGGGAUGCACUUUUCCCUUAUCUUGAAUCUCUUUUUGAAGAGCAUGGAGACAUUCUAGUGGAUGUAGUGGAAAACUAUCCAAAUCCACCUGUUAAGGAUAAAUUAGCUGUUCCGAUUCCCCCUUCUAAUCCAGUGUUAGACUCUAAAAAGCUUAAAGCUGUGUCCCGAGUGAGCGAGAUUGACCCGAAUGGUGGCAUUCUUCGUCCUCAUAUUGAAUAUUUGAUGGAACUUGGUAUGGAUAUUGAGCAGAUUAGGAGUAUCACACGAAGAUUCCCAUCUUUUGCCCACUAUAGCUUGGAGGGUAAAAUUAAGCCAGUAGUUGAGUUUCUCCUUGAAGUUGGAGUGCCAAAAGAGCACAUGCCCUCUAUCCUCAAUAAAAGACCUCAAUUAUGUGGAAUCAGUUUAUCUGAAAAUCUUAAACCCACCAUGAAGUUCUUUGAAUCUUUGGGUGUUGACAAAAGACAAUGGCCAAAGAUGAUCUAUCGGUUCCCAGCCAUGCUAACUUAUAGCAGGUCAAAAGUAAUGGAAAGCAUAGAUUUUCUCCUUGAAUUAGGCCUGUCAAAAGAGAGUAUAGGUAAGAUUUUAACUCGCUGCCCUAAUAUUGUUAGUUACAGUGUAGAGGACAAUCUCCGACCCACCGCCAAGUACUUCCGUUCUUUGGGGGUAGAUGUUGGCAUUCUUCUGUUUAGAUGCCCACAGAAUUUUGGUCUUAGCAUUGAGACCAACCUAAAGCCUGUAACAGAUUUUUUCUUGGGGAGGGGAUACACUUUGGAAGAAAUUGGGACCAUGAUUUCAAGAUAUGGAGCCUUGUAUACUGUCAGCUUGACUGAAAAUUUGAUUCCAAAAUGGGAUUUCUUUUUGACCACGGGUUACCCAAAAUCUGACCUGGUUAAGUUUCCUCAAUAUUUUGGAUACCGUUUUGAGGAAAGGAUUAAACCUAGAUUUACAAUUAUGAAAAAAUAUGGAGUGAAGUUACUGCUGAACCAAGUUCUUUCACUGUCAAGCAGUAACUUUAAUAAGGCCUUGAAAAAGAAAAUGAAGAAAAGGCUAGAAGGAUGGCAUUCAAGUUAUGGCAGCAUAGUAGCUCAAUCAGAUAACCAAAAUUGA